CGCAUAACUAUUAAAAAAAGGAAAUAAUAGUAAAAAAACAAACAAUUGUUUCCGUUUGAAAGCAUUUAAUAUUUAUUAGGGUAGAGCUACGGUUUAUUAAUCAUCAUCUUUCCAAACAAAGGACCAAGGAAAAAAUUAUAACACUAUGGACGUCUGAAACCAGAUGCUUUGAAAGGACAGUUGACUUUUGUGGAGGACAAAAUGACGGUAUAACUGGCAAAAAAAAAGAGAAGCCAACGGCACAAUGAAUUGGAUAUUCAUGUUACAUCUAACAAUUCUGUUAGUGGUAUGGUUAGUAUGUGCUUCUGAUACAUCUCCGGGAACAUCCUUAAAAAAUGGAGAAACAAGAAAAACUCAACAUCUGCAAAAUCCAGUGCGACCAGUACGUUCACACAGACGAUCCCUUCAUUCGAUUAGAAAUCAAACUUAUUCCAGUUUGGGAGCAAAUAAGGACCUAAAUAAAAAGAACUUGCCUCAAAGAGAUGAAAGCCACAUUCGUCGGUUGACCCAAGGACAGAGACCACUUGCUAAAAAAGGCCCGGUUACAAUGUUGAAGGAUGACAGUGGCACAGCUGCACGAUCAAGGAUGGCACGUUUCCCUUCUAGUUCAAGCUCUCCAAAUAUCCUGGCUAGUUUUGCUGGAAAAAAUAGGGUUUGGAUCAUAUCAGCACCACAUGCUUCUGAUGGUUAUUACCGCCUUAUGAUGAGCCUCCUUAAAAAUGACGUAUACUGUGAACUUGCUGAAAGACAUAUUCAACAGAUUAUCUUAUUCCAUGAAGAAGGAGAGGAAGGGGGUAAAAUUAGAAGGAUAACAAAUGAAGGAAAGAUUGUGGAACAGCCACUUGAUCCAGCAGUUAUUCCAAAAAUGAUGGCUUCAUUAAAGCUUGAGAAAGGAAAGUUUGGUAUGGUUUUGCUAAAAAAGACCUUGCAAGUAGAGGAAAGAUACCCUUAUCCUGUACGUCUAGAAGCAAUGUAUGAGGUUGUUGACCAAAGUCCAAUAAGGCGCAUAGAGAAACUCAGGCAGAAAGGAUUUGUACAAAAAUGCAAAGCAGCUGGAGUUGAGGGACAGGUAACUGAAGAUGGUGACAGCAGUAGCAGUAGUACUAGGAGCGCUAAACCUACUCCAGGAAGUAACACUAUCCAAGUAUCACCUAGGAGAGAGGAGACAAAGAAACCUGUUGUAAUUCCCACCAGAUUUCCUCGGGUAAAAACCACAAGAAAAUCUAUUACAGUGCCACCAACACCAUCACCAACACCUAGAGCAACAACAGUUUUUCCUUCAACCAAGGCGACUACUCGAAUAUUAACAACAACAAGGCCACCUACUACAGUUCCUACAACAGUACUAGCCACAACCCAAAAACCAUGGACAACCAAACCCUAUACUACUCCAGAGUCUCACAGAUUGUAUGGGCAAGUUGAUGUAACAACCAGGGAGUCAGAGCCAGAACAUCGCUACUAUCCUGUUAGAACAGAGAAAAAUAAAGACAGACAACAUGUGCAAACUGGAAAGCAUGUUGCUUCUAAAAGCAGACCAAGCAAAGCCCCAGUCUAUCAACCCCAUACUGAACCUCCUAUUAUUACAACUACUACUACAGAGUCGUUUAGAAGAGAAAAUACAGAACAAUAUGGAGAUAACCGCACAGAUAGAAAAUCUCAAAGUUCUCAUGCUGUCACACCAAACCAAAAGAAGACAACGAAAACUAAGCCAUCAAAAAAGAAAGGAGUGGAAAAAAUAUUGAACAAUGAAUAUGAGGACAAAUAUGAUGCUGGAAGACCUACAAUUACACAGAUAGAAGAGGCGACUGAGGAAAUAAUUCCACCUAAAAAGGGAACUGACCAAAGAAAUGAGGAGAAACCAGACAAAAUUGAAAAGAAAAAAAAGAAAAAUGAAAAGGAGAAACCUCCAAAAAAAGAAAAACAGGCUAAAAAAGAGAAGGUAGAUAAAAAGGUUAAACAAGAAAAAGAUCGAAGCAAAAAGAACAAGAAGAAUAGCAAACAUGAUAAUGAGGAAUUUAUUAAGCCUGCAAAGAAAACAUUAGAAAUCCCAAAACGAUCACUGUCGACAUUCCUGGACAAUUUUGAAGGCAAACGACGGUUAUUGCUGAUUACGUCACCAAAAGAAGACAACACCAUGUAUUCCCAGCAACGGGAUGAGUAUUUGGAGACGGUUUGUGAAAUGGCAGUGAGGAAAGUCUCAAUUAUCACUAUUAUCGGAACACUGACAAACAGUACCAUGAAAAUUGACCACUUUCAGCUGGAUAAUGAAAAACCCAUGAAGGUAAUAGGUGAUGAUGAUCUACUGGACCAUGACCUUAUAAGUGAAUUGAGAAAAGAAUACGGAAUGACUUACAAUGAUUUCUUUAUGGUCCUAACAGAUUUGGACAUGAAGGUUAAGCAAUACUAUGAGGUCCCCAUUGCAAUGAAGUCAAUAUUUGACAUAGUAGACACUUUCCAAUCCAGAAUCAAGGAAAUGGAGAAGCAAAAAAGGGAAGGAAUAACAUGCAAAAGGGAAGACAAGACAAGGUCCUUGGAAAACUUUCUCUCCAGGUUCCGCUGGAGAAGACGUUUGCUGGUCAUAUCAGCUCCUAAUGACGAAGAAUGGGGCUAUCAACAGCAACUAUACGCUUUGACGGGACAAGCCUGUAACAUGGGACUUCGUCAUUUAUCAAUUCUGAAAAUGGUAGGCAUUGGUACCGAAGCCGGUGGUGUUUUGGAACUAUAUCCUAUCAACGGAAGUUCCAGUGUUGAUCGAGAAGAUCUUUCUUCUAAUUUAGUAAAAGACAUAAGAAAUUACUUUCAAGUCAGCCCUGAAUAUUUCUCAAUGCUUCUCGUUGGCAAAGACGGCAAUGUGAAAUCCUGGUAUCCUUCUCCGAUGUGGUCUAUGGCAAUUGUAUACGACUUAAUUGACUCCAUGCAGCUCAGACGGCAAGAGAUGGCUAUUCAACAAUCACUAGGGAUGCGCUGCCCGGAAGAUGAAUAUGGAGGUUAUGGCUAUCAUGGGUACCCACAUCAGGGAUAUGAGGAAGGAUAUCAAGACGAUUACCGACACCAUGAGGGAUACUAUCAUAGAUACCAUGACUGAAAAAAAAUAAACAGUAAAGGAAUUUGAACUUGCAAAUGGUAAUUCAGUUGUUCUUCCUUAACCACAACUAUAAAUGUAGUAUAUAGUUUUACAUGUUUUUUUUUUUAGAAAUUGGAUUGGACCAAGAUUGCUCUCUGCUAGGAGUUCCUUUCAUGAUUUUAUAUUCAGAUAAUAGAAUUUAGAGUUCUUGUUUCUUUAUGUAUAUCUUUUUUAAUAUAUUUAUUGGAAAACUGAUAUGUUAAAAUGAAUGGAUGGAAACGAGGAACAAGCCAUAUCAGUUAAUCAGAAUAAUGUUACAAAGGUCCAUGGAGACAUGGCCAAAGUUUUAGAAGGAGUUUAGCAGUCUGUCAACCAAGUGGGCCCUGUUGGAGAGAGAUUUCAUUAGCUUUAAAUAUGGCAGUAAAUGCAGACUGUUGUAUUGUUUAGUUAUUUAAAGAAUAAUUUGUUUUGCCAGCUUUAUUUUUUAUAUAUGUUAUUGUGGUACUCUCUAUGCAGUUUACCACCUCUAAAAUGUUUACAUUAUUUUUUUAACAUAGUUUAGAACUAAUGUGUUUCCCAUUCCUUCAAGAAAGACCAUGGAUGAUACAAUGCUGUUUUUAUUCAAUCAUCAAGUACAUUGAUGAAAGCAGUACCCAUCCUAAAUGUCAUUUACAAGCAACUUAAAUGUUUAUGUAUUAGAUUUUGAGCUUUGAGGAGAUGUGUGUUUUGUUGUGACUCAUUUUAGUACAGUAUAUUUUUGGAGAUCUGAAGUCAGUUGCAAAAUCUAAGGAUAAUAACCUUCAACGUGACUCUCAAAUUCACAUGGAAUCUCAUAAAUUUAAGUAUACGCCAUCAGUGACCGACAUUCAAGCCAAUCAGCCUUCAAAAAAGAA